UCAAUUCCCUUCUCUUCCCACCAAUAUUAAUCUCUUAAUUUGUGUGUUGCUAGCUGUGGCUGUGUGACUCUUUCGUGUACAUGUUGCACAAACAUCGAUCAUGAUCACCGGAAAGGACAUUUACGAUGUUCUAGCAGCCAUUGUGCCUCUAUAUGUGGCCAUGAUGCUAGCUUAUGGUUCGGUCCGGUGGUGGAAAAUCUUCACCCCGGACCAAUGCUCUGGCAUUAACCGUUUUGUUGCGGUUUUUGCCGUUCCACUUCUUUCUUUCCAUUUCAUUUCUUCUAAUAAUCCUUAUGAGAUGAACUAUCAUUUUAUUGCAGCGGAUUCUCUUCAAAAAGUUGUUAUAUUGUUCACUUUGUUCAUAUGGCAAUGGCUUAGUAAGAAUGGAAGUCUUGAGUGGAUGAUCACUUUGUUUUCACUUUCUACGCUCCCAAAUACUUUGGUUAUGGGCAUUCCAUUGCUCAAGGCCAUGUAUGGAGAUUUCUCUGGAAAUCUUAUGGUGCAAAUCGUGGUGUUGCAGAGCGUGAUCUGGUACACGCUCAUGCUAUUCAUGUUUGAGUAUAGAGGAGCAAAGCUCCUCAUAACCGAGCAGUUUCCUGAAACUGCUGGUUCCAUCACAUCUUUCCAUGUGGAGUCUGAUGUCGUCUCCUUAAACGGUCGUGAGCCUUUACAAACUGACGCCGAGAUAGGAGACGACGGGAAGCUACAUGUCGUGGUGAGGAGGUCUUCAACCGCCUCAUCACGAUCUGUUGUUUCUUCUUACAACAAGUCUCAUAAUAUUACUGGCAUGACUCCCAGGGCCUCAAACCUGACCGGAGUAGAGAUCUACUCCGUUCAGUCUUCCAGAGGCCCUACACCUAGAGCUUCCAGCUUUAACCAAUCAGAUUUUUAUGCCAUGUUUAGUAAAGCUGGAAGCCCUAAACACGGGUACACUAGUAGUUUUGGAGGUGGAGAUGUUUUCUCGAUGCAAUCAUCAAAGGGGCCAACACCAAGGACAUCGAAUUUCGAAGAAGAGAUGUUGAAGAUAGGAAAGAAAAGAACAGGAGGGAGGAGUAUGAGUGGGGAGUUAUUCAAUAAUAACAACAAUACUAAUAACAAUAAUGGUCUGGUUUGUUCUUACCCACCUCCAAUUCCAAACCCAACCUUUUCUUUGGGCUCAACUAGUGGCGCCAAUAGCGUCGGCCCUAAAAAGAAAGAUGGUGGUGGUAGCGGCGGUGCACCGCCACCCAGCAAUAAUAAAGAGCUUCACAUGUUUGUAUGGAGCUCAAGUGCAUCUCCUGUUUCUGAAGGGAACAUGAAACAUGCGGUUAAUAAGGCUGCUGCUGAGUUUGGUGCAAUUGAUCCUUCUAGAGCUAUUCCCACACCAGAAAAUUUGAGCCCAAUGACAAAAACAUACGGAGAACAAAAGGAAAUCGACAUUGACGAACCAAAGCUACAAAUAAACGGAUCACCAUUCAAGAAAGUACUAGGAAACGAAGAAUCAUCCGAAAACAAAAACCAUCGAAUGCCACCGGCUAGUGUCAUGACAAGGCUCAUUCUAAUAAUGGUUUGGCGAAAACUUAUUCGAAACCCCAACACGUAUUCGAGCCUUUUGGGUCUCAUUUGGUCUCUAGUUUCAUUCAGGUGGGACAUUAAGAUGCCAACUAUAGUAAGUGGAUCAAUAUCAAUUUUAUCAGACGCAGGACUAGGAAUGGCCAUGUUCAGUCUAGGGUUAUUCAUGGCGUUACAACCAAAAAUAAUAGCAUGUGGACAACGUGUAGCAACAUUUUCAAUGGCAGUUAGGUUCUUAACUGGCCCUGCUGUCAUGGCUGCUACUUCCAUCGCUAUCGGUCUUCGUGGUGUUCUCCUUCAUGUCGCUAUCGUUCAGGCGGCUUUGCCUCAAGGGAUAGUACCAUUUGUGUUUGCAAAGGAGUACAAUGUUCAUGCAGAUAUCCUAAGUACCGCGGUUAUUUUUGGAAUGUUGAUAGCAUUACCUAUAACAAUUGGUUACUAUGUGCUGCUUGGAGUGUAAGAAUAUUGAAAGUCAACGAUUGGUUGUAAAUCCAAGAUUAGAUCGGUCAACGAUGUAUGAUUCAACGUACGACCUACAUACAACCACAUGCAGCUUACGUGCCACGAAAUUAAUUAUAGUAUUUUUUAUUUUUCUUUCUUUUUUUCCCAGUUUAGAUUAUUUUAUUUUUCUUUUUUUUAUGAAGGAAAUAGUAUAUGUAGAUCUUAAUAUAAAACAAAUGAUAAUUUUAGAGUUA